AUGUCGGCGCCAACAGAAUCAGCUGCCAAACUUCUCGAUGAGGUCACUGGGGAGAUGGUCUCCAAGACCGAAUUGAAGAAGAGACAGAAGCAGAGACAGAAGGAAGAAGAGAAGGCAAAGAAAGCUGCUGCUCUUCCUGCAAGACCCGCCGCGGUCAAGAAGACUAAUGCUGAGGUUGAGGAGAAGGAUUUGGAUCCAAGGCAAUAUUUCGAAAUUCGUUCGCGCGCAGUCAAGAAGAUGCAAGAAUCAUACUACAAGCAAGAAGCCAACUCCCCCGACCCUUAUCUACACAAAUUCAAUGUGAAUUACAAUUUGCAGGAUUUCGUCAAGGACUACGGUCAUUUGAAGUCAGGAGAACACGACAAGAAUGUAGAAAUACGCGUCGGGGCUAGAAUCUACAACAAGCGUGCCUCGGGCAACAAGUUGGUCUUCUACGAUGUCAAGACUAGGGAUACCAAAAUCCAGGUUAUGUGCCAACUCCAAGAGUCUAGAGAAGGAGCGCUAGCAUUUGAAAAGCAACAUGAACCUUUACGUCGUGGUGAUGUCAUUGGUAUUGUUGGAUACCCUGGACGAACUGCACCAAAGAGCAAGAUUGAGAAGGGAGAGGAGGGAGAGCUUUCGAUCUUUGCGACAGAGAUAAUUCUACUUACACCCUGUGUGCAACAGCUUCCAGAUGAGUACUAUGGAUUCAAGGAUCACGAGAAGAGACAUCGUCAGAGAUAUCUUGAUUUGAUCAUGAACGACUCUAGUCGAAAGGUUCUCAAGACUCGUUCCAAGAUGGUCCGAUAUAUUCGCAAUUACUUUGACGAUAGGGACUUUGAUGAAGUGGAGACUCCAAUGAUGAACUCAAUUGCUGGAGGUGCUACAGCCAAGCCAUUUAAAACUCAUCACAAUGACCUUAACAUGGACAUGUUCAUGCGUAUAGCUCCAGAACUUUACCUCAAGAUGCUUGUCGUUGGUGGCAUGGAUCGUGUUUACGAAAUGGGCCGUCAAUUCCGUAAUGAGGGUAUCGAUCUUACACACAACCCAGAAUUUACAACCUGCGAGUUCUAUAUGGCAUAUGCUGAUGUCUAUGAUACCAUGGAUAUGACCGAAGAGCUGGUUUCUGGUCUUGUCAAGCACAUCACUGGAGGCACAACAACCAAGUUCCAUACCCAACAUGGAGAAGAAUAUGAAGUUAACUGGGCUGCACCAUGGAAACGUAUUGAGAUGAUUCCAGCUCUUGAAGAAGCAACCGGAGAGAAAUUCCCACCUGCGGAUGAAUUGCAUAAUGACGAAUCCAAUGAAUUCUUCAAGAGAGUCCUCAAGAAGAUGAAUGUCGAGUGCUCACCUCCUCUUACUAAUGCCCGCAUGCUCGAUAAGCUCGUAGGGGAGUUCAUCGAAGAGACAUGCAUCAACCCAACUUUCAUCACUGAGCACCCAAAGAUGAUGUCACCACUCGCUAAGCACCAUCGUAGCAAGCCUGGUUUGUGCGAACGUUAUGAAGCAUUCGUUUGCAAGAAGGAGAUUGUCAAUGCAUACACAGAAUUGAAUGAUCCAUUUGAGCAACGUCUCAGAUUUGAAGAGCAAGCUAGACAAAAGGAUCAAGGUGAUGAUGAAGCUCAAAUGAUCGAUGAGAACUUUUGUAGAGCUUUGGAAUUCGGUUUACCACCAACUGCUGGUUGGGGUAUGGGUAUUGAUCGUUUGGUCAUGUUCUUGACCGACAACUAUAGCAUUAAGGAGGUUCUUACUUUCCCAUUCAUGAAGGAUGAUUCGCAGAAUCCAAAAGAGAACUUGGCUGUGGAGGAAUCCGGGGUUGAUAGGAUACCAGUUGAGGGAAUAGCACACAAAUAG